AAAAGAGCCAGGCUAGGCACCGCGCUUUUCAUUAGCAAGUCGAUCCUAGACCGUUGACCAGUCUUGUUUGCAGUGUAGUGUAAAUACAUCUCCCAAACUUACAAAAUGGCCGAUCUCAGUGCUAAGGAUGUCGAAAGGGCAAACUUUGCCUUCUCCAUCUACGAUUUCGAUGGUAGCGGCCAAAUCGACUGCUUCAACAUCGGAGAUGUCUUGCGCGCACUCAACUUGAACCCAACUCAAGCCUUAGUCGAAAAAAUGGGAGGAACCAAGAAGAAGAACGAGAAAAAAAUGAAAGUUGAAGAAUUCCUGCCCAUCUACAGCCAGGUCAAAAAAGAGAAGGAAACCGGAUGCUACGAAGACUUCUUGGAAUGUUUGAAAUUGUACGACAAGGCUGAAAAUGGAAUGAUGUUGGGAGCCGAAUUACAACACACACUCUUGUCCUUAGGUAUUUAUAUCAUAGUUGUAACAAUUAGUUCUUAA